UCCCUAAUAGAUUAAUACAAUUAAGUUCAUAAAAAUUAGUAAAAUUAGGUAUACAGUACGGGAAAGAAAUCGUAAACACCAUAAACAUUUGGACUUAUUUAUAGUCGUAUCCCCUCCCACUUACGUUCAUUUCGCAAAAGCAAACAACCCUGAAGAAGUACACCCUCACGGAAAAAUACAUUUAAUGAGCUAUUAGAUAAAAUUAUGAUAACACGGUGAAAGUUAUAUUAUUGAGAAAGGCGUGGAGCUUCGCACGAUGUCACGCAUAACAUGAAAACAAUUUCCAGUUCAGGGAGAAACAUACGCGCAAACUGUUUCAAUUUCUGAUGUCAGUAUCAAUAAGUGUGGAUGCGCCCCGAUAGAAAAUCGCACGUCACUGGAAGUUUCCGGUUAAAAUCGAAUGAUUUUACCUGCACUGGCUCCUGUACGAUCAUCGUUCACACGGUAGGCUUGGUCAUAUAAGAAUAAUCUCGAACGUUUCAAGGAAAUUUAACGAAGAAAAUCCAAAGUCGAGUGACUGCUGUGUAUAAAAAUUUCUUAGGAGUCCAUCUUUGCUCCGAUUCUUUUGAAGUGAACAACGAACUUCAGAACGAAGGUGUACCAACAUCGCAGAAACGUCAAUUUCAUACUAACCGAACAGAAUUUGUGCACAUAAGCUUUAUACCGGUAUGUUCAUGUUCAUCGUUCAAAUCUCUCUUUCGAUAAACAUUGUACGUAUUAAUUUGUACGCUCGUUGAAUGUCGAUUAGAAAUUUUACUUGAAACUUUUUGAAGCAUUGAAUGUACAAAAAUCAAAUUUGUAUUCAGCGUUAGCAUUGAAAUAUUUUCGAUAAUAUGCAUCAAAUUUGAAAAAUUAUUCGCGGUAUGCACUACAUUGACAAGACAAUUACAAUUGGUUUAAAUUAAUUCGUUUUCGUAACAUUUAUUCUUAGUACAUACGUUGUAAAAUGAGUUUUAUUUUUUAUACGUACAUACAUAAUGGAUAUUACACAGAAUACGUACAUUAUGUACAUACAUACACAGUGAACGCAAUCGUUUGCUGAAUUUGGUUGGUAACCUGUAAGUGCAAGGUUUAUGCCAAUUUCUGCCAAUGGAUGAACAAUGUCAGACAAGUGCUAAGUUUUCAUGUGUAUAUAUACAUGUGUACUUGCGUGUCUAUUAUUUAUUCAUAUUAUUUAUAAUAUAUAAUUACCGAAGCAUUCAAAAGUAUAUGUGUAUUAUGUUGUAAAUUAGCCACGUACUUAAUAUUAUAUAUUAUGCAUACAGUUUUAUAAAUGCAUUUCAAGUGUAGAACAUUAUAUUGGAACAUAAACAUAAAUAAAUCUUUAUUAUUUAAACAAUUCUUUUGUAAAUUGUACAUAUGUGCGAUGACAAUACUUUAAAAAUAUUAAAACCACAAGAAUUAUUGCUUCGUUUUUGCAAUAAUGUAUUGUUUAUUGCAUCCUUGCUUUCAUGCAAGUUUUCGACUGAUAAAAAAAAUCAGGUUGACAUACGUGUGUGUUUGUAUCGGUAUCAUCUUUCUACUUGAUUUCUUUGGAGCGUUCACACAUUUUUUUGAAGUCCAAUAUGAUUCAAAUUUUGUUUAUCCGUAUGAAGGUGAUGUACAUGAAUUUGUGAAUGCAUUGCGUCAUAAUGAAGAACCAAAAGUUGCUCCUAUAAAUGUGUAUAAUUACACAUUUAUAAUUAAUAACAAACAGAAAUGUAUAGAGCCAGCAUACAACAAUUAUCGUGUUGUAUAUAUAGUAAAGUCUGCAAUAGAACACUUUGAAAGAAGAAUGGCAAUUAGAAACUCUUGGGGUUUUGAAAAACGAUUUUUUGAUGUACCUUCAAAGACAGUUUUUGUAAUAGGUGUACAUUUACAUGACAGCGAACUUCAAGCAAAAGUAGAAGCAGAAGCUGCGAAAUAUAAAGAUAUCGUUCAAGGAGAUUUUAUAGAUACUUACUAUAAUAAUACUAUUAAAACAAUGAUGGCUUUUAAAUGGUUAGUAAACUAUUGCUUAAAUUCGAAAUUUUAUAUGUUCGUUGACGAUGAUAUUUAUGUUUCGGUAAAAAAUGUUUUAAGAUUCAUAAGAAAUCCUACUAGCUAUCCAGAUUAUCUUAAAGAACCCAAAAAGAUUGAAGCUCAUAAAAGAGAAGUCAAAGAUACUGAUGAAACAGAAGAAUUGUAUUUCCAAAAUACAAUCACCGAGAGGAAUAGCAAUAGUUCUAAUAAAAAUCAUGUUCCUGAAUAUAUAAGAAACUUUUUAAUUAAAAAUGAAAUUACUAAUACUACUGAAACUUCUAUAGAGAAACUUGCAAAUGUAACAAAAAUUAUAGAAAAUGAUGUUAUACUGAGUAGGAGAAAGAGACAAAUUUUCGAUUUGGAACUUCCAGAAGAUAUUAGAUUAUAUGGAGGUUUUGUGCUUAUAUCAUCACCCCAUCGUCAUAAAUCUUCUAAGUGGUAUAUUCCUCUUAGCGAUUAUCCUUAUAAUUUAUGGCCACCAUAUAUUACAGCUGGUGCAUACAUAUUGUCAAAAGAAGCGUUACUCGAUAUGUACUAUACUAGCUUCUAUACAAAACACUUCUUGUUUGAUGAUAUAUAUUUAGGCUUAGUAGCAAAAAAAGCAGAUAUUGAGCUUUUUCACUGUGAAGAAUUUCAUUUUUAUAAGAAGGAUUAUACAAAAUUUAAUUAUAAAUAUGUCAUAACUUCACAUGGAUAUGGAAAUCCAAGUGAAUUACUUCAUGUAUGGAAUGAACAAAAAGCUCUUGGUAACGCUUAAAUCGACGAUCUCAGUACAC